UUCUCACUUUAACUUAUUGCACCAGUAGUGCAGCUAAAAAGAACAAACCACUUGACUGUGGGUAACGCGUUAUGUGAAAGAUGAGUUGGCGAAAAGACAAGAGGAGGGCAUUCUGAUAGUGAUAAGAUCGCCGCUGUCUCGCCUCGUGCCUAUUCCUAUCAUACGUUCCGCUCAUCGGUGAUGAGACAGAAACGGCGAGCGAUUGAUCGUCUGUGCUUUUCUAAUUUACAAUCUUUCUUAAGGAAGUAGAAUGAACAAGAACCGUGCAGGCUUUGCCGUUACCAUCGGGACGGACGUAAUUUGCGUGUACUUUCUUAGGGGCCGCAUCAGAAAAAGCCCCUUGUAGAGACCCUAUAAUUGAGAGUCUGGACACGACCUGAAAAUGGCCGAUUCAGUGUGUUCUUUUUAGCUGCACAAUGGUGCAAAAAGUAUCAAUUCAGCAGUUGAAAAGAACAGCCUUAGGCCAAAGAAAAUGCCAAGUUGUUGUGUGCCAGGAUGUAAGGUUCGCAAAGAUAAAAGAAAUUCAAUUUAUAUGGCAUCUUUCCCAACUAAUCCAAGAAGGAAAAACCAAUGGAUGAAUAAUAUAGGCAUGGGAAAUAUAAAAUCUAAGUAUUUAGUUAUAUGUGAGACACAUUUUGAGAGUAAUAUGUGGGAGAAGAUACGCAUAGAUGGAAAGCGCAAAUUGAAAAAUAAUGCUGUGCCUACAAUUUUUCCUGCUCGAUUGCAUGAAACGAACGAUUGUGCAGGAAGGCAAGAUAAUGUAAUGUCAAAUACCUUAGAUAUUCCUGAUGUUACUUCAUCAACAUUGAGUAAUUUUGCAGAUUCAUUGAAUGAAGUUAAAGAAUUAAAGAAACAAUUAGCAGAAGCCAAUAAAAAACUUGAUUUAGCGAAUCAGUUUUUAUUGAAAAGUGACCGAAGUAAAACCAUGUUAAAGAAACAGAUAAAGAGGUUGAAAGGAAUUACAAAAAAGUCAAAAACACAAUAUUGUCACGUAUUGGAAGCUGCAAUGAAAAAAGUAUUCAAUGAGAAUCAAAUAACAGCUCUCGUGCAACUAUCCUUGCGCAACCAUAUAUGGUCAAACGAUACCAUAAAAAAAGCCCUCCGAUUGAAGUUUUCCUGUGGUUCUAGUGGGUAUCAAGAGUUAUUGAAGGGAAACAUGCCUCUACCAUCGGAACGUACCCUUCGCAGGAAAUUGGAAAAUAUCCAACUUAAAGAAGGAAUUUCCGACGAUAUUUUUAAAUUAUUAGAAGACAAAACAGUUCUAUUCCAAGAUGUUAGAGAUAGAGAUUGUUCGCUUGUAUUAGACGAAAUGUCAAUUGCACCAGGUUAACAAUUGAAUUUAUCUACACAGUCAUAUUGUGGAUUUGCAUCUUUCUGUGCACAUAAUAGUAUGUCUGUCAGCAUAUAGCAAACAGUGUAAUAUGCGAUAUAUAUUUUAGUUUUAAUUUUCUACUCAAUAAAAUUAUUGUUACAUAACAUACGUAUUAUGUAAUCAUUAUAUAUUAUUGAGUAAGAAAUUACAAUCCAGUAAAAGUUACAAACACGAAGUAAAAGUUACAUAACUCUUACAUAACACAUUUAUUAUGUAACAGUUACAUUGUUGAGUGAGAAAUAAUAAUAUUAAUGUAACGUAACUUUUACUUCGUGUUAACUAGGAAUUAACAUGUAUGUUAAAAGUUACAUAGUGUUUGCUAGGCAUUUGUGUUUGCAUUUUAUUGGUAUUAAUAUUUUAUUGGUAUUAUGGUUUUCCUUCUUGCAUGAACUGUUACAGGAAAUUACUACCCAGUAAACACAGUAAUAAUCAUAUUAUACACAUAAUAUAUUGGAUGUUAUAGGUAAUAUUAUAUAAAUGUUUCUGGUAAGUAACUGAUUAGUUAUAAUUUUCCACUCAUCAAUAUAACACGUAAUAUAACAAUGUGAUCCUCUGGUUAUGUGUUUUCACAAAAUUUUUAUUACAUUUUUGCUUCUAAAUAACACUUGUAAUGAUGUUUCUACAGAUAUUGACGUAAUAUUAUGCAUUAAAUAUUAUAUGAUAUGUCACAUUGUUAUAACAUUCACAUAACUAAUGUUAUAAUGUUAUUUUUUAUUAUUGUCAAGAAUAAAAUAUAAAAGUCAAAAGUGCGUACGAUUAUCCUAACUAACUCUAAUCACUGUUUACUGGGUACUUCUGCUAAUAUUUGCACUUGUUUCAACAUUUCUCUCUCUCUCUCUCUCUCUCUCUCUCUCUC